AUGCGUUGGCCCGAAGGCAGAAACGGUGACAGCAGCAACAGCAACAGCAAGCGCACAAGCGGAGGGCAGCAGCAGCAUCGCCAUCAGUACCAGCAGCAGCCCGCGAAUGUGGGCUACCAUUUGUAUCUGUAUCGCCAGCAGCUGGCACGUCGCAAUGUGGAGUACAUGCGUCUGUCCAAGGCCAAGUAUUGCAUCACGGACACGCUGCUGACCAAGACGGUGCGGAACCUGAAGGCCUGCAGCGUGGACGAGCUGAAGACGGUCAACAAUCAGAUUGUGUUUCGGCACAAGCUGAAGCAUCAGAUUCGUCGCCUGCGCAAGCUGCAGUUUUUGGGCAUCAAAAAUGCCAAUCCGAAGAUGGAGAGCACGGAGCUGUGA